GAGGGGCAUUCGCGCAAUCGACCAACCACGGACCACGUCCCGUCGCGGCAGCCGCAUUGCAGGGGCGUAGGAAGCCCGGCCUGCCUAUCUCGGCACCCGCACUGCGCCACUGACUCGCCGCCGGACUCGACUUGGUAAGCCUGGGCAGCUAGACCCCGCCGCCAACUGAGCACGGCAUUGGUCGGGCCAAUUCGGGCCAAUUCGUCCCAAAAUCAUUACAAACGUCUCAACUUUUUUGCGCAUCCAAACACCGUCUUUAUUUGUCCAUCCCUUUCGAGCGCAGCACACAUAAUUGCCAAGAGCCUGGUCGCUAGCAGAGAGAGGCGAGGUAUCGGCUGAGUCCUGACGGACGACAUCAUAUCAUUUCCUCAGGCAGCCAUGGCAGGAACACCAGCCGCCGACGAGACGUCGCCGCUCCUCGGCGGACCUGACUCUCGUAACGGCGACGUCAACGCCAAUGCCAAUGGCAAUUCCGAUGCCAAUGCCAACGGCAAUUCCGUUGCCAAUGCCAACGGCAAUUCCGAUGCCAAUGCCAAUGGCAAUUCCGAUGCCCAUGCCAACCCCAACGCCAGUGCCGACCCCGAUGCCGCCGCCGCCGCCAACGGCAACGGCAAGCCCGACGGCGCCGUCGCCGUCGCCGGCUGGCUGCGGCAGGCCUUUCUCCACGUCGAGCAGCGGCUCCUGUUCGGCGGCUUCCUCAUCACGCUGUCCUUCAGCUUCACCCAGGUGCCCAUCUUCUACGCCUUCUACCUGAUGAACUGCGACGUCUACUACGAGACGCACCCGCCCCACCAAGGGCCCGGCAACCGCUGCAAGGUCGACGAGAUCGCCGCCGCCACGUCGCUGCAGUUCGCCUUCCUGGCCAUGUCCACCACCAUCUGCGGCACCUUCAACCUGUUCUUCGCCGGCUGGCUCGUCAAGCGCGUCGGCCCCCGCCGCGCCCUCCUCGCCCAGAUCUUGGUCCCCGCCAUCCGCGUCGCCACCCAGAUCCUAGGCGUCCUCGCCGGCGGCGCUGCCGGCAUCACCAUCUUCCAAUGCACGCAGCUGGUCACGGUCCUGGGUGGCCCCGCCGGGUACAUCCUCGUCAUGAACAUCAUCGCCGGCGAGGUGGUCGAGCCCGAGCGCCGCACCGGCGUCUUUGGCAUGCUGCAGGGGUGCAUCAUGCUGGGCCAGGGAAUCGGCUACUACACCGGAGGUCUCAUCGGCGACACGUGGGGCAUCCGCCGGCCCUUCGAGGUGGCGUUUUUCUCCUUCCUUGUCUCGGCCGUCUACGCGCGCCUGGCGCUGCCGUACAUCUCGCCCGGCUCCAUGUCGGACGGGAAGAAGCCGGCGGUCCGCGGGAUCGGCGCCUUCUUCGCGCCCCUGCGCGUGCUCGCGCCGCAGCGGAUCCGCCUGCGGGGCGGCAAGAUUGUGCGGCACUACGGGCUGCUGUUCCUGUGCGCGGGCGUGUUCCUGGGCGUGGUGGCGACGGGGUACGUGGCGCUACUGAUCCAGCUAUACGCGACGUCGGCGUUCGACUUUGAGCAGAGCGACAACGGGCUGCUGAUGUCGGGCUACGCCUGCAUGCGCGCCCUGUUCCUGAUCGUCGCCUUCCCCGGCGUCAUCGCCCGCGGCCGCAAAUGGUACCUGGCCCGCCACCCGGACAGGAGCACCAAGGGCCACACCCCCGCCCACGGCGCCGACGACCUGCCCACGCGCCCCGAGGAGAUCGAGGCCCCCGUCGGCACCUUCGCUGCCGACGAGCCCGUCACCUCGGAGACGGUCAAGGAGGUCGAGGGCGCCCGCUUCGACCUGUUCUUCCUGCGCUGGAGCCUGGUGCUCGACGGCGCGCUGACCAUGUGCACCGCGUUCGCGACCAAGAAGUGGCACAUCUUCCUGGCUGCCUUUUUGCUCCCGUUUGCGUCCGGCAGCGCGCCCGCGGCCAAGGGCGUCAUGACGGAGAUGUGCCCGCCGUCGCAGCGCGCCGACGCCCUCAACGCUCUGACGCUGGUCGAGAACCUGGCCAACAUCAGCACCCAGGGCCUGUUCGGCUUCGUGUUUGCCGCGCUGGCCGAGCUGGGGAAGUCGUACAUGACCUUUUACGUCAACGCCGCCUUGGCGCUGGUCGCCUGCGGGGUGCUGCUCUUCUCGCACUUUGCUCCGAGCGGGAGCACGCUAGUGGAGAACGAGGAGCAGGCCGACCAAACAAGUACUCCCGAGAAUGCGACCACAGCGGCCGAGUAGACGGCAAUAGAGUUCGACCCGAUAACGUGGCCGUUGGAUUUACGGCAGCUAAUCGGGUGUUGCCGGUCAUCUUGUCCGUGGAUGCGAUGGCCGCCCGAAUCUGCUGUUGUUGGAACAACGCGCAUUCCAGCCACAUAGAGGUGGCUGUAGCAACGCAUUCAUCAGCCACACAGGCGGCGGUGGAGGCGUAGGGGUCCCAGAUUCCAUAUAAGUGGCCUACGGCCACCUCUUUCUUCUAGAUAGACAUAGACAACAAUGACCAUCACUUGAACCACCAGCUUUCGGCGUGCAGCACGCCCUGUUGUUUCCAGUACCGGUACCUGGUGAUUCCAACA